UUUGUCGGCCAUGUACUGAGGUCGAUUGAUCGUUAGGGGUUUGAAAGACGACAUACCUGCGGAAUUCCACGGAAAAUCAACCCAAAACUAUGUAAUAUUCACCGUAUUCUAUUACCAAUUGAAAUUCUUAACUUAAAGGAACCGUUUGCUGACAUCUUCGUGGUAAAAAUCAAAGGAUAUUUCCCGUAUUUGGUGUCAGUUUUCGUGAUUAACCGAGAACGAAAGGUGUGGUUGUUGUAUUAAGUGUAUUACUCAUAGACUCGAAAACAGGUAGCCAUGCCUUCGAAUCCGGCCUACAGCACUGGUGGCAGGUCUGGGAUGACCAAAUCCACACACUCUUUAGCCAGUACCGCGCAGACAAAUAAGACAAUUCAACAGGAAUACCAAGAGUAUAAGGUCCGCAAGAAAGUAGUCUCCGUAACGCAAGGUUCAUCACGCCUGCCGUUCAAACUUGGAAUAGGUUUUGUCGUUGGUGGACUGCUACUUCUUGGUGUAGGAAUUGGAUUACUUGCAGCCUGGUUGGAGGGGCGGCUCAUCCUGGACGACAAGCAAUCAUUUGUUGGACCUCUAAUCGCCAUUCUCGGUCUCGUCUGCUUAGGUGUGGCUGGGUGGUUCUUUUAUGACGCCAGAAGGAAACGCGAAAAAGAUAGGAAACAGCUCACGUACAGAGCAGAAGGCACAGCCCGAGUUGCUGUUGUAGACAAACGAGUAAAAAGCGCCCAGAGCAAAGAAAAUCUUAAGAGCGGCACUUACUCAAGUCGGGCUAUCGGCAGCACGCCCGAUCAUUCCCUCCGUACGGGCCCCACCGCCUCCGUGCACUCCUCAAGGCAUUCCAUGGCUAGCAAGCAGUCACUUCCAUCCUUGGAUGGUCGUGGAGACAGAUCUCGGAAUCCAAGCACAACGGGGAGCAUUAGCAGUGAAACGCGGGGCUAUGCGGUCAAUUCAAACCCACAGAGAUACUGAGAAAGGCCCUCCUCAGGAAAUUACUCAAAUUAUUGGAACUGCUGUCAGCCAAUUUUGUAACUUACGACUCCAUCAUUAGGGAGACAUUUUUAAAUCACGUGUAAAUAUUCGCUCAGAUUUUAUAAGGAAAUAGUACAUGUAAUACCCCUUUUGGGCUAAUGAUGUUGAAAUGGGUGUCGAAUGGUCGUUGUAAAGAGAAAAUGAUGGCGAGCGGUUGAUUUGUGAGUGUCAUCUGUGAUGUGUGCACGACGUCCAGUUGAUACAUUGAAAGAAGGGAGAGUCUGAAAUUUAAAAAGGGCCAGUUAGAGUAAUACGAGCGAUAAUUGCUAGAGAAAAAAUUCCAUUUGUCUUUACCAUUAAGGUGUUUCCCCUUGAAAUGGACCGAUUAUACUUUUCGAAUUUUCGGUAGUUUUUCUUGGGUCCAUGCCCAUUGCCUCUUAUAACUUCUUGAUGCUUGUAAGAUCACGAGGGCCAAAUCUUGACCACAAACUUGAUGGAUAACUUAAGGUUUCCCUGGAGGCGAUAAAUUGAUAACUAUGCAAUCGAAACGCACGUGUUACACAAUUGCGUAAAAACAGAAGUAUACAAAUUUUGAAAGAGACAACACUUUAUAUUUUUAUACAGCGCAUUUUGAUAAUGCUUUUAGAUUAAUUUAAGCAUAUCACAGGCUGUAAAUAAAACGCUUUGUAGAAAGCUAUUGGUGGCAAACACACCAGCGGUUUGAGAGCUUGUCUCACUUCUGUUCCCAUAACACGUGUAUUAGGGCCUACUAAGAAUGGCAAGAAUCAUGGUGAUCGAAGCAGAAAAUCAAAGAUUUCUCGUUGUCAAUACUGGGAAUUCCUGGUAACCUUUAUAUUGUAGUAAGAACAUGAUUGUAACGUUGUCAUUUCAAAGAAUUAUCACUGUGAAACAACAGCGUUCACGUAGCUGCGUUUCCUAAUCUGUAUCAUUCCAGUUCUUUACAUAACCUACACUGUAUCCUUGUUUCAAAUUCGGUAGGCUAGUGGGUUCCUCAGGAUGUUUAUCUUUUGCCAAAUUUUACGAAGAACCCUAAAACCAGUUAGUGCCUUAAAACAAAUGGAUAUUUGUAACCAAAGCUAUUGUGUAUUUGUGCUUUAUGGUAUCUAAAUGUAGUUUUAUAAUUAUAAACGCAGUCAUAUCAGAUCAUAUCAUGAUUUAGCAUAUGUACAGAUCGUAUCAUGAAAUGUGUGCGACAGGGUGACCCCAUUGGACCAGGUUUCUUCCAUAGCGGUUCCCACCAAUCUUGACGAUCCAUCAAUACUGAUAUUCCGUCUAAAGAUUAUGUAUCAUAUCAGAGCUGUGGCGUUACGCUAGUUAGAUGAUGAAUAUCUUCACAGCAGAUGCGUUUUUUACCCUGUAGGCCAAAAGUAACUUUAUGAACAGUUGUGACAUAACAGCUGGCAGCGGCCUUUAGCAAAUUUUUUGAGUAUGUAGGCUACAUGAUGUAGCUCGGAAAGGAAGCUGCUGCCUCUUGUGCUGUCGAAUGUCUCGGUCUUGUUAAUUCUGUGUUUGUAAAUAAUUUGAACAUAUAUACGAAGAAAAUAUUGUAUAAGCUUGCUGCAUCUAUAUAUAGUUGUACGGAUGUUUUGCUGCCGUUGGUUACGGGGUGCUGCUUUUGAGUAUAUAAUUUUAUAUUUAAGUAGAAUAUUAAGUGAACAUUCAAUUAUUUUAUGUGGCAGAAAUAUUUUGUAUAAUGGAGAACAUUUCUGUUCUUUUUAUUUCCACAAGGUCUACACAUUCGUCCGCGUGGAUUCUUAAUUACACUUGGAAUCUUUUAAUUCGCCCAUUCGGAAACACAACAGCCGUCAGUAAUUCAUAGUUACACACUUAAUGAUAUAUCCACACUUAUGGUUUAGUGUUAAUUGAAAACAGUUGUGGGUCAAGAAAUUGCUCUCUUCAGGAGGAUGAGACGUCAGCCAAUAGCAUGACAAGAUGUCUCCUUUCUGAAACUUCCUAAUAUUUUUAUUUUUAUUUCGCUCUCCAUUGACAUUCGGUGUGUUAAUUGCAAUAAUACCGUACCUUUAAACACUUGCUCCAUGAAAUUGUAGCUUCCUUAUAGUUCCUUGGGUUAGUGAUAAUAAUGUGAAAUUGUCUGUGGUGAAUGCAUGCUUUGUAUUUGUUUGAGAGAUGAGGUUGUUCCGUUGUGUUUUCUAUUGCGUCAGGGAAACAGCCAAGUGUUGUCCAGUUUUGAAUAGGGAAAUGAUGCAUGAUGUGCCAAUUUGCAAUGCGAAAAUAAAUGUUUUGGUUUUAACCUCGGCAUGUAAUGUGUCUGUGAAUGAAAACAAAUGUCAAAACUUACUUUGAGAAGGUAGUCCAUGAAGUUUUCGUCCAGACAUCAGGCAGUCUUGGGUAUACAUUAUCAGCAGAACUUGGUUACCACCUACCAUGAUUUUGAUAGGAAUGGGAGGAAAGCUUUGUACAUAUCGUCAGAAAUUGCCAUCCUCCAAAACACCCCGUCCUUCAAUCACCAUCCCUCGAUGAUAAACACAAUAUCAUGGUCUCAGGUGACGGCCCAUGCCGUUAUUACAGUAAGCCGUCCGUUGCACUGUUUUGCUUUUCGGUUAGAAUAUAAUGAUGAACACAAAACUAGACAUUCCGUCUUACAUAAUGUUAAAGUGGGUCAAACGCCCCACUGGUCCAAACAUAUGCCCGAGGAGAGUUGCCAUGAUUUCGACGUGUUCCUAAAUAUUGGACGUACAUUGUAUGGAAGCACCUACCAAAGUGUAUAGUAUACAUUUUCUACCACACUAAUUGACAAUUAAAUUGCCAAUGAAUUCAAUAAAAAUCAUACCUUUGCAACUGUACAGUAUUAUGUUAUAUACCUAUGUAAUAAACAAAUUAGUACGAAAAACGAA